GGCCGCCUAUCUGCAUAUCUACCUAUCUGCCUCUAGGGCUAUCUUAAACAUUGAAGCUACCUACCUACAUCAAUGAUAAUUGGUACUAUUCUGACUACCGACUGUAACUAUUUUAUUGCUGCAAGAUAGAUGUAGGUAUCUAUCUACAUUACCACCUGAUCACAUUCCCUAGGUCUAUGAGUUAGGAACAAGACACCUAAUCCUUUAUCCUAAGACGGGCGAGUCUUCCAAGACACAAGCCGCUUAUACUUGUUACGGCCUGAUACGUAACGCCUGAUAUAGUACAUUAAAUACGCCAUCGUUUGCCCAACUUGGUUGACCAUUCGCUUCUCUCCAUGCACGGCGCUGCGGCGUUGACCCAGACGGUGGGCGUUUGGCCGGGUCUGCCACCAUGCUAAGCAGCUCCGCGACACCGACUCAGAAGUCGUUAGCUACUCAACCCACACAAUCAACCAACUCUCCAGUCGCUCCCCCACGAACGAGCCUUGAUCGAGAUGUUGGCCUUCAACCCCCCUCUACCAUCGCAAAUGGUGCCCGAACCAUGUCUUCCUCGGGUGCCUCCUUUGCCCCAAGGGGUGCCUCCUUGAACCCCUCUCAAGCUCCCGGUAGCUUCAGUUCCGACCUACGCAGCCAGGCCACCCAGUCGAGAGCAGGUUCGAGAACCGAUCUUUACACCCGCGAUAAGUUGGACGAGGAGGAAGAUUCCGUUGUCGAGAAUACCCUCAACACGCUGAAGGAUUCCUUGAGUCGUGAGAUGAAGAUUAAAGAGGGUAGCGAGAACAUGCUUGAAGCGCUAAAUGCGAAGAAGGCGAAACAGACCAAGGAGCAACGUCAAAGGGUCGAAGCUGAGCUCACAGCCUCGAAUACAAGGAUUAAGGAGCUGAAGCAAAAGAUUUCCGAUGCGCAACGUUCCAAAGGAGUUCCCAGUACCCCCACGAGACCCCGAAACGAGGGCUUACUGCAUAACACCAAUAUUCGUUCACCCCCCAGCGCAUCUAGGAGCGGCGCUGGCUCCGACUUCGACGAACCUGCAGAGUCACCAACCUUCGCGCUCGCGGAAACACUACAAGCCCUCGAAAGCGAGGGCAUGCCGCCUGAGUACUAUGUCGAGCGAGCCAAUAAUCUCGUGGAUCUGUUUAAAAGACAUCCAACACUGAAAUAUGACCUGGUUUGGUCUGUUUUCGGGGACAGAAUGCAGGUCAUGCUGCUUAGCAACAGCAGGGAAGUUGUUGCAGCAGGCUAUCGAAUGCUACGAUAUUCCAUCUCCGAUAUAGCAUCGCUCAAGAAAAUACGCAGCUUAAACACGGAUUUCAUGGUCGUGGUGUCUCUUGCCAAGGACCGCAAGGCUGAUGUGGAACGCGAGCAAGCCCUUAAAUUCGUUCGUGCGUUCCUCGAUGUAAAAGAUGGUGUUCGUGAGGUAUCCAGGGCGGUGGUUAGGACGAUUGCAGCAAUUGCUGAGCAAGUGGAAGAUCGGCUGCGGUCCAUCUGUAUCGAGACACUCGCUGAGGUUCUUUUGCGAGAUCCGGCACUCCUCGUGGCAUCUGGCGGCCUGGCUCCAAUGUCUGCGGCCCUUGCUGAAGGCAGUUAUAAAUCCCCGGAAUCGCUAUCAUCGGCCUUUCUCUACCUGUUAGACGCGCCACACACGCGGAAGUAUUUACGAGCCGGAUACGAACUCGAAGUUUUGUUCACCGCUUUCACUGAUGCCUUAUUCUCAUACGAGGGUGUCGUGAAACAAAAUUCUAAAGCAAUCGCCUCGGCUUUGAAAAGCUGGUCUGGACUUAUGACAUUAUCUAUGUAUAAUUUUAGGGCAGUUGGCUCUUUGAUAUCGAGUUUAAUGCUACCCAACCCAACAGUACGGGAUACUGUGGUGGAUUUGCUAUACUCUCUUCUUCGUAUAAAACCUCCUGCGUGGGCUACAUCGUAUCUCGCCGGGCGACGCUUGACUACGUAUGGUAGAGUAACGACAUUAAAGUCUUCAACGCAAAACAAGGAAGAAGCUAUCUACGAGGAUGAUGGGGCAGAGCAGAACUUUGUCGAGCACUAUACAGCACUGCUUCUAGCUAUAUUUAUAAAAGCAGGAAUGAUGCCCAGCCUUCUCCAAGUCGCUCAGGAUACUGACGACCCCAUGCUGAAGCGAAAAACAACUCUACUCAUUGGCGAAGCCUUAAAAUUGGCGAGCAGAAUCCUUCCCCCUUCUUUACAUAGAGAGCUUCAAUUGCUUCCAGAGCUCUUCGCAGCUGCCUCCGAAUUUGGUAACGAGGCACAUUUUAACGCGACUGGCAUUAUCUAUCAAAUAUCCAGCGUAAGCCGAACGCUUUACCGGUCGUCUCCAUCAGGUUAUGCUGCAGGCUAUCUUCCAUCAAGUAGCAUGCUUGAAAAUAUGGGCAAUGCAGAAGAGACACCCAAGGCCAAUGCUUUGAUCAACACCGAUGAUGCCACAUUCCGUCAGUUAUUAAUAGACUCCGGAGUACUCGGGCACUCAAACCCAUCCAAAUGGAAUUGGGACGUCGUGCUCAAGAUAAUCGAAGGUCCAUUGGUGCAUGGAAAACGUCUAGAAGAGGCUAUAAAGGCGUCCAAGUUUGCGAAGAGACUGGUGGGCUUUUAUCGUCCUUUCAAGUUCAAAUUCUCCGAAAUUAAAAGCACGCGGAACACUCAGAAAUACGUAAGGGUUGGCUGUGCUCUGAUUCACACGCUGCUGCAGACAGUGGAAGGAACAAAAUAUCUCGCGGACAACAAGCUACUGAGACAGAUUGCUGAGUGCUUAGCCCAGUGUGACCCGACCAGUGGUUUGACCGCACAGUACCCAAUGUUCUCCAAAGACCGUCUCACUGAUACUUUAUGCGGCGGCUACUUUCCCAUGCUUGGUGUUCUAAGUAGUGAGCCCAGAGGGCUACAGAUGCUCGAGAGAUGGCGAAUUUUCAACAUGAUGUAUCAUAUUGUCGAUUUUAAGCAAAGGCCGGAUCUCAUAAAGUUGCUCCUCGCCAAUCUCGAUUAUAGUCUUCGUGGACAUCCACGUGUACUUUUGUCAAAGGCUCUAACGGCUGGCACAAAGGAUAUGCGGAUACACGCCACCAAUGUGCUUCGAAAAUAUGCCACGAGACAGCGAGUUACACCAACGGGACAACUCAUCUCGGACUCCAAGUGGGCUAUUCAAUUGCUUGUGACGCAGCUCUAUGACCCUGAGGUAGAGGUAUGUGCAACGGCCGUCAAGAUACUUGAAAAGGCUUGCAAUAGCAAAGCUUUGCUAGAAUAUAUUGUGGAGUGUCGUCCUGCGUUGGACCACCUGGGCGAGAUAGGGGCUCCGCUAUUACUCCGAUUCUUAUCUACUUCUAUCGGCUAUCACUAUUUAGAUGGUCUUGACUAUAUAAGCAAUGAGAUGGAUGACUGGUUCCUCGGCCGUAACGAUACCUAUGUUAGUCUUAUCGAGGCUAGUCUGGCACGUUCCUUUGUCGAUACCCAGGAAGAUCAACCACAUCGCCUAAGCAUAUAUGACGAUGACCUAGACACAGAUCAGGACAAUCAUGUGCCUCCUCAUUUCUACCGUGAAUUGUCGCGCACAAAAGAAGGCUGCAAACUGCUAGAGGACAAGGGUCAUUUUGACGAGUUCGCUGCGACUAUCAGGGAAUAUGGAAUGCAGUCAGAUGACCCUGAACUUAUUACAAAAGUUAAGGGAUGCUUGUGGGCAGUCGGGAACGUUGGAUCAAUGGAACUUGGAGGACCAUUCUUAGAGUCGACCGAUGUUGUAGAACAUAUUGUCAAGAUCGCCGAGUCUCAUGAUGUCAUGAGUCUUCGAGGCACUGCUUUCUUCGUCUUGGGUCUGAUUUCAAGAUCUACCCACGGCCUAGAGAUAUUAUCCGAGUACGGCUGGGAAUCAAAUACCACACCACUUGGAAUAUCACUAGGUCUCUGCGUUCCAUCAAACCUCUUUAAAUUCUUCUCAUGCCAACCGUGGAAGCACGAGACACCAGCAACCGUCCAACUUUUGGAUACCCAGAAAACGAUAUUGGAACCACCGCUGGUGGAGGCACAGGAGGACGACGAGACGAACCAACGAAUCUUGGAGCUCAUGACGGAGUUAGGCAACAUGGUCCUUUAUAAGAAGGCCAAGGCUGAACUGUUCCAGCUGCGACAUAAGAAAGCACCGGGAUUCCGACAACCUGCUCUAUUCCGCAAGGUCCUGGCUUUAUUGGAGUGUCACCAUUACCGCUUACCAGAUCGGCAUCUCGUAAUCGAAUUAUUCGACAAAAGUGUCCUGCGGCAAAUCGUAUAUGGAGAAGAAAGCAGCGACGAAUCUGCCAGCAGCUCCGGAGACGAGCAGAGGACCGAACGGCAGCGCAGCAUCAGCGACCCGUCCGAGUUCGAUAUGAUCAUAAAAAGAUCGCAAAAAGCAUCCAUUUGAUAUUGAGGGGAGCAGGGAACGCGGCGGCGCCUGCUUUGCAUAGAUACGUUAGGUACUUGUCUAGGAGGCCUUGAUUAACCACUCUCAAUAUGUAUACGCUACCAUGACCAUGACCAUCACUACCAGUACCUACUAUUAUCCCAUUUUCUAUCCCUAUUCUGAAUAAAGACUUAAAAUGAGGAUUGAAGAAUCUGCACAGGUUUUGUGACCAAAAUUCCAUCGUUCAUCUAUGACUCUAUCCUGCUUUUCCUUUCAUUUUGAAAAGGGGAGUCAAGGGGGGAGGGGGGCGAGUUUGUUUAGGCGUUUUGGAUGGCG